GUGCUGUUUUUUUUCCCCCUAGUUUUAAUUUGGGAAUCAAGGCAUUGGAAAUACAGUAUACAUGGCACAGAUCAUAAAGUUUGUUCAGGCAGUUUUAAUUCUGCUACUUCAGGAUUACAUCACUGCUGAAGAUGGUGAAACAAGAGCAAGUUGCAGAACUGCUCCAGUGGAUUUAGUCUUCAUCUUGGAUGGCUCCUAUAGUGUUGGCCCAGAAAAUUUUGAAAUAAUCAAAAAAUGGCUUGUAAAUAUUACAAGUAAUUUUGAUAUAGGGCCAAAAUUUAUAGAAGUUGGAGUAGUUCAGUAUAGUGAUUACCCUAUACUUGAAAUCCCUCUAGGAAGUCAUGUAUCCAGUGAAAACCUAAUCCGUGAAAUGGAAUCCAUACACUAUUUAGGUGGAAAUACAAGAACAGGAAGAGCUAUCCAGUUUGCGAUUGACUAUCUUUUUGCCAAAUCCUCAAGGUUUCUAACUAAAAUAGCUGUUGUUCUCACUGAUGGCAAAUCCCAAGAUGAAGUUAAAGAUGCAGCAGCAGAGGCAAGAAAAAACAAAAUCACUUUGUUUGCUAUUGGUGUUGGCUCAGAAAUUGAGGAGGAAGAACUUAGAGCUAUUGCCAACAAGCCCUCAUCAACUUAUGUAUUCUAUGUUGAAGAUUAUAUUGCAAUUUCUAGAAUAAGAGAAGUAAUAAAACAGAAGCUCUGUGAAGAAUCUGUUUGUCCAACAAGAAUUCCAGUAGCAUCUCGAGAUGAAAAAGGAUUUGAUAUUCUCACAGGAUUGGGUGUGAAGAAGAAGGUUAAAAAGAAAAUUCAGAUUCCAUCUUCUAAUGCAAAAGCUUAUGAAAUAACAUCACGUAUUGACUUAACAGAAUUUACAAGGAAUGUGUUUCCAGAAGGCCUUCCUCCAUCAUAUGUGUUUGUCUCCACUCAGAGAUUUAAGGUUGGGAAAACGUGGGAUUUGUGGAGGAUUCUAAGCCUGGAUGGGAAGCCGCAAAUAGCAGUUACUGUAAAUGGGGAAGAUAAAACAUUAUCAUUUACUACUACAAGCUUAAUAAAUGGCACUCAGGUUAUUACUUUUACUGCACCUCAUGUUAAGACAUUGUUUGAUGAAGGUUGGCAUCAGAUCCGUCUCCUGGUAACAGAAGGGUAUGUAACUUUGUACGUGGAUGAUCAAGAAAUUGAAAUGAAGCCAUUACAUCCUGUUUUGGGUAUAUAUAUCAGCGGAUUAACCCAAAUAGGAAAGUACACUGGGAAAGAGGAAACUGUGCAAUUUGAUAUACAGAAACUAAGAAUCUAUUGUGACCCAGAACAAAAUAAUCGAGAAACUGCUUGUGAAAUCCCGGGAUUUAAUGGAGAGUGCAAGAAUGGCCCUAGUGAUGUGGGUUCCACGCCAGCUCCAUGUGUAUGUCCUCCAGGAAAGCAAGGACCUCCUGGUGCUAAAGGGGAUCCUGGACAACCUGGGAACCAUGGUUAUCCUGGACAACCUGGUCCAGAUGGUAAGCCUGGGUAUCAAGGAACAGCAGGAACUCCAGGAAUCCCAGGAAACCCAGGGAUUCAAGGACAACGUGGCAUACCAGGAAUCAAGGGUGAGCCAGGGAAAGAUGGUUUAAAGGGUGAACGUGGACUUCCUGGUUUUCCUGGAUUACAUGGGAUGCCAGCACCAAAGGGUGAGAAGGGCCCUAAAGGAGAUCAAGGACCACCAGGAGUUUAUGGAAAAAAGGGUGCAAAAGGAGAAAAAGGUGAUUCAGGUUUUCCAGGGGUGCAUGGACGACCUGGAGAACCUGGGAGAAAUGGGAAGGAUGGAUUACCUGGAAGUCCUGGUUUCAAGGGAGAAGCUGGACAGCCUGGUUCUCCUGGCCCAGAAGGACAUCAGGGUGAGCCUGGAAUUCCUGGAAUCCCUGGAAGUCAAGGAACGAAAGGACAAAAGGGUGAAAUUGGACCUUCAGGGCAACCGGGAACAAAAGGAUCCCCAGGAGAGGCAGGUACAAUAGGUCAUGAAGGGGCACCUGGUCUACCUGGAGCACCUGGGCAAAAGGGAGAUAAAGGUGAACCUGGAAUACAAGGGAAGCCAGGAUUAUCAGGAGCUAAGGGAGAACAAGGAGGAGUAGGUAUUCCAGGUGAACCAGGGUACUCGGGCAUGCCUGGGACACCAGGUACAAAGGGGAGCAAGGGAAGCCAGGGCGAAAGAGGUAUCCAGGGACAAAAAGGAGAAAAAGGAAGAUCAGGAACUCCAGGUUAUCAGGGAACAAAAGGACUGAAUGGAGAAAGAGGAGAGAAAGGUGAGAAAGGAGACCCUGGCAUUAGAGGCUUCAGUGGACAAAAAGGCGAGGCUGGCAUUCAUGGUUUGGUUGGACCUCCUGGACCAAGAGGACAGCCAGGGGACAGAGGACUCCCAGGGCCACCUGGAUCAGAUGGAAAACCUGGAAGGGAAUUUUCAGAAGAGUUUAUUCGCCAAGUUUGUACAGAUGUAUUGAGAACCCAGUUGCCUGUUAUCCUUCAGAGUGGAAGGCUGCACAACUGCAACCAUUGUCAGACUCAAAGUGCUCCCCCUGGCCUCCCCGGUCCACCAGGACCAACAGGUCCAGAAGGCCCUAGAGGUUUUCCAGGUUUGCCCGGAAAUGAUGGGGUUCCAGGUCUCUCAGGAAUUCCUGGGCGUCCUGGUACACGUGGAACAAGAGGGUUACCAGGAAAAAAUGGGGCAAAAGGUGGCCCAGGAAUUGGACUUCCUGGUGAACAAGGUCCCCCAGGUCCUCCAGGUCCUGAAGGUCCACCUGGUCUUAGUAAAGAGGGACGUCCUGGAGAGCCUGGGCAGCCUGGUAAAGAUGGAGAUCGUGGGAAUCCUGGAAUGCAAGGACCAGCUGGACCCCCUGGAAUUUGUGAUCCAUCAUUAUGUUUUAGUGUAAUUGUAGGAAGAGAUCCAUUUAGAAAGGGGCCAAACUAUUAAUUUGUGAUGUGUUAGAAUAAUAGGUAUGGUGCUUGUCUUCUACAGUUUUUCAUGUCUCAGGAAGAUGACUAGCAAUAAUCCCAUAAACAGGAACAAAAGUACCUCUGAUUUUAUAAAGGAUCUAGGAUAAGACUCUAGAAGAUCACACAUUCCAUUUUAAUGUAUCUGCCAUUGCUGUUGAAUAAUUAGCAUAAAUUAAAUCUCAAAGUCUUUGAGAGAGAGACAUGAUUUUAACAUGAAUAAAGUAAAUCAUAUCUGCUGUUUAGUUUGUAAGUGUCCUAUUAUGCUCCUGAUCCCACUGAAGUUCAUUCCUAAAGCUUUUUUUUUUUUUAAACUCCAUUGGGAGCAGGAGCAGGGCCUAAAUAUUUAAAUUACUGUGAAAUAUUUCACAUUAGGCUACAUAUGCAGUAUUUGAUUUUCAAAGGAUAUGGCUGGCUUUUACUUCAUAUGUGUGUGAAUCUCAUUGGCUUAUGUACAUUACAUAUUUCAUAGCUCAAGGUUUUCCAUUACAAAAAAAAUCCUAUUUUUUUAUAAAAUUCAGAGAAGUAUCUGGCUUCCUUAUGGAAGUAAUUUCACCACUGAGUAAUCAGUUCUUUUAUCUAAGCAUCAGGGUGAAAAAGAAGAACUCCCAUUGACACUGCUGCAGCCAGGGUUUUACUUCAGAGUGAUGCAGACUGUGUGGGUAGAUUAACUUAUAUACGAAUUACCUUAUUUUAAAAAAUAGAUUUUAUUUGGUUUGUACCUGCAGUUGGCCAGAAAUGAAAAUCACAGUUUUGUACAAUGAAGUUUAGCAAUUUUAAUAUGCUCAGUUUAAUCACAGAUCAAAAUUCAAUUCCUUUGGUGUCCUUUAUAAGAGCUGAAGUUGUCAAAUGCAAGAAGCAGGUUUAUAAGAAGAAAGUUCUUCAUACUUUUCACUAAUGGCCAUGUUUGUUACGCUGCUUUAUCUUCCAUUUUAAGCAAGACUUUUUUUAUGUUAACUUUCAUUGUAUGCACUGCUGGCAAGACCCAUAGCUUGCUUUCUGAGUAAAAAGCAAUUGCACAAGUCCCGUUUACAAUUUUAGUCCAAUUUUAAAUUAAUGCAGAGUCCUUAACCAGAGCUUUAUAUGCAGCUUUCCACUUUCCCUUCCCCCCGCAACAUGCUGUUUCACUGUUGUCAUACUAAAAAGUUUGUUUAAAUGUUUGACAUUCAAGGUAAAAUAAAAUUUUGUACAGACUUGGGGGUAAUGUGA